CCAGAACCUUCUUACUGUGAGGGCACUUAGCCGCAUUAGCUCCCUCACUGUCCUCAGAUGACUCCUCCUCUUCCUCCCUCCUCCUCCUCCUUGGCUGUCUGCUGUGUCCCCCCUCCCCCCGUCCCCCUCCCCUCCUGUGACACACCAGACGAUGCGUUGACUGAGCGCAGGAGAAGAAGAAAACCUCUCCCAGCGUCCUGCUGCAUGGAGGAAGAGGAGCAGAGAGGAGCUGUGACCCUGUGCUGACCUGACCUCCGACCUCCAGUCUCCUGCUCUCCUCCACUAAGCUUUGACUCAACCCCUCUGACCUCUGACCUCCACAACAACAUUAUGUAUCUGAAAUGUUUUGGAGGAGAGAUCUGCAGCCUCCCCGACACCUAAUCCAACCCCCCCUCUCUAGUCAUAGCGCUCAGUCACUUCCUGUCCCACCCCCACCAUGUCCGAGGGGCUGAUGCAGGUGGAGAUCCCCGACUUCGGCAGCAGCGUCCUGGGCAGCCUGAACGAGCAGCGGCUGCGAGGUCACUACUGCGACGUGUGCGUGCUGGUGCAGGGUCAGGCCUUCAAGGCGCACCGGGCGGUGCUCGCUGCCUCCUCGCUGUACUUCAGAGAUCUGUUCAGCUCCGCCGCCGCCGACUCCUCCUCCUCCUCGCAGGCCGUGUUCGAGCUGCCGUCCUCCGUCACGCCCGCGUGCUUCCAGCAGAUCCUGUCCUUCUGCUACACGGGACGCCUCAGCAUGGCCGCCAGCGAGCAGCUCGUGCUCAUGUAUACGGCUGGAUACCUGCAGAUCCAGAACAUCGUGGAGCGAGGCAUGGAGCUGAUGAUGAUGAAGGCCACAUCCUCCUCCUCACCGCUCUGCUGCGACUCACAGACGACCUCAGUGGACGAGCUCGGAGGCUUUGACUCCUCCGUGGUGCAGCAGCAGCAGCACAGCGCCCCCCAGCUGCAGGAGGUCAGUCCUGACCAGCCCACCCUGAGUCCUGAGGAGCUGCUGUUGGCUGUGAGCAGGAUCAAACAGGAGCGGGUGGACACGCCCCCUGCUCAGGACCACAGAGCAGCAGCAGGGCAGGCCAGAGGGGACGUUGCAGGGGAACUCCACACCUCUAGGGGCAGUGCUCUGUGUUACCUGGGUGCUAGUGGAGCUCUGGUUCCGGGGCUGCAGUCCUACCUGCUGACAGGCGGGGGGCGCUCCAGUCCAGAAGGAUCCAGUCUCCCCACAGAAUCUCCUCCCUCUCACCCCCCGACUGAGGAGGACCUGGAGGAGGAUUACUACGGGAACACUCUCCACUCCGGACUCUACCAACACCUGUACGGACACCCUGCCAACCCCUACAUCCAAGAGAAGCUGGAGAUGCUGCCCCUUCCGUUGGCUAAUGAGCGUCGGCCCUGCGUGCUGGUUGGCCGAGACAACAUGGCCCUGCCCGCCAGUCUGAUCAGUCAGAUCGGGUACCGCUGCCAUCCGUCGCUCUACACUGAGGGCGACCCGGGGGAGAAGGUGGAGCUGGUGGCAGGCUCAGGUGUGUUCAUGACGCGAGGUCAGCUGAUGAACUGUCACCUGUGUGCCGGGGUCAAACACAAGGUGCUGCUGCGGAGGCUGCUCGCUACGUUCUUCGACAGAAACACUCUGGCCAAUAGCUGUGGGACGGGGAUCCGCUCCUCCACCAAUGAUCCGAGUCGGAAACCUCUGGACAACCGAGUGUUAAACACUGUGAAACUUUACUGUCAGAACUUUGCUCCUAACUUUAAGGAGAGUGAGAUGAACGUCAUUGCGGCCGACAUGUGCACCAAUGCUCGCAGAGUCCGGAAACGUUGGCUCCCAAAGAUCCAAUCGCUGCUCCCUGAAGGCCUCCCCGCCUCUGGCUCCUCCCACCCCCGCAAAGCAAAGAGGGGAGGAGCAGGAGGUCAGGGGGGAGGAGGUCAGGGGGGAGAGGUGGCAGCGCAGCCCAGCGGCAGCCCCUUCGAGCUGGACCUGCGGCAGCUCAGCGCCUCCUACCUCGGUCUGGAGGCGCCGCUGUUCGCCGAAAGACGUGAGCGGGAGGCGGCGGGGGAGAGAGAGAGGGAGAGGGAGGCACCGGCCACUCUCCUGCCCCACCUGCAGUUCGCUGGGUCACGUGGGGGCGGGGCAGGCAGCGGGCAGGUGGAGGAGGAUCUGAUGGGAGGCGAGGCUGACGGGGGAGGGAGGCUACAGACUGAACCACCCUCACACCUCCCUCUCUCCCUGUCCUCCUGCUCCCCCCCCUCCUCCUCCUCCUCCUCACACCCCUCCCCCCAGCCCGCAGAGCCCGCCCCUUCUCACAGAGGGUUGGCCGACACAGAAGAGGGGGGAGCGGAGCCUCUGGAAGACAGCCAAUAAGCUUUCUAUCGCAUCUGCCUACCUGUAUGUAAAUAACACAAUAGCUACCUGUCCCCCAUCUGUCUGUCUCUACCUGUCUGUCUGUUCCCCUACCUCACUACCUGUCUACCUCUCUACCCCCUGUUUCUCUGACCUACCUCUGUCUGUCAGCUCCUGUACCUGUCUGUCUGUCUACCUGUCUGUCUGUCUGCUCGGCUCUGCUGCAUGUUAACAGCCUCCUGCAGUCCAGCACCCAGACGCUUAGCAACAGGACCGAUGAUGAUGAUGGUGAUAAUGAUGAUGAUGAUGAUUAUAUUGACUAUGAUAAUAAAGCUCCUUGAUAAUCAGA